AUGGGGGCCCCCCAGGGGGCCCCCAGGGUGCCCCCCAAUCGCCCCCUGAGGCCGUCAGGCACGGAGCCCCGCACGGGGGCCCCUCAAGGGGCCCCUUGGGGGCCCCUGGGGAGGGCACACAAGGCAGCAACACAGCGGCAACAGCAGCAGCAGCUGCAGCAGCAGCAGCAGCAGCAAAAACAGCUACAGCUGCAGCAACAAAACGCAAAAAUCAACGAACAGCUACAGCAUCAACAAUCGCGAGUGCCGCUGCAGCAGCUGCAGCAGCAACUGCAGCAGCAACUGCAGCAGCAACUGCAGCAGCAGCAGCAGCAGCAGCAGCUUUCUGUUCUACUGCCGAGUCAGUCAGAGCCAUACGCUAUUAGGGGGCCCCCAGCCUCACGAGGGGCCCCCUGGGGGCCCCCCAGGGCCCCCAUCGACGUUGCAGGCGGCGCACAGCAGCAGCAGCAACACCACCACCAAGCAGCAGCAGAUGCUUCAUCUGCAGCAGCAGAGAGACUUGCAGCAGCAAUAGGGACAGCGGCAGCAGCAGAAGCUAUAGAAGCAGCAACCGCAGCAGCAGCAGCAGCAGCACGAGCAGCAACAGCAACAGCAGCAGCAAGACCACCAUCAGUAGCAGCUCCUGCAGCAGCAGCAGCAGCAGCAGCAGCAGGACGGCUUCUGUUGGGGGCCUCUGUGCCUCAUGAGAUGGAGGCCUUCGAGGCAGCAGCAGCAGCAGCAGCAGCAGCAACAGCAGCAGCAGCAGCAGCAGCAGCAACAGAUACGGGGGCCCCUGAGCUUUCUCCUCCCUCCUCGGCCGAGGGGCCCCCCUGCCCUGUAGGGGGGCCCCCCUCGCACUUGGGGGCCCCUGGGGGGCCCCCCAGCUCAACGCUAUUGGGUUUGUGUGGGCCCCUGCAGGGUACUGCAGCAGAUAAAGAAAUCCCGUUAAGAGUGGGCCCCCCUGCUGCAGCAGCUACUGCUGCAGCAGCAGCUGCUGCUGCUGCAGUUGCUGCUGCAGCUGCAGUAGCAAGGGGGGGCCCCCUUCUGGCUACAGCUGCAGCAGCAAGGGGGCCCCCCCUUCUAACCUCUGAUGCAGCAGCACGGGGGGCCCCCCCGUCUGUUAUUGCUGCUUUGCUUGAUGCUUUCUAUGGGGCCCUUGCUGCUGAGGGGGAGUUGCUGCUGCAGCAGGAGCAGCAGCAGCUGCAGCAAGCCAAGACCCACGAGCAGCAGCAACAGCAGCAGCAGCAGCAGCAGCAGCAGCAACGGCGACAGCAGCGGCAGUGUUUUGGGCGUCCUCAUUGGCGGUCUGUCUAUACACUGCAAUGCAAGCAGCAGCUGCUGCAGCAGCUGCAGCAGCUAAGGGAAAUAAACAAGCAGCAGCAGCAGCAGCAGCAGCAGCAACAGCAGCAGCAGCAGGGGGAGGCCCCUCUCUAUGGUGUCGAGCUGCUGCUGCUGCAGCACAGCAGCGGGCAGGGGGCCCUCCACCGCCGCUUGGCUGCUGCAGCAAGGAGGGCCCUCACGGAGGCUUAUGGGCCCCCCCAGGACCCUGCUGCUGCUGCUCUUCUGCAGCAGCAGCGGCGAGCAGCAGCAGCAGCAACAGCAGCAGCAGCAGCAGCAGGGAGGCAGCAAAGGAAAGGCAGCGGGCGGCGAAAGAACAAAAGAAGGGGCCCCCAAACCCCCCUUAAGAGGGGCCCCCUCCUGGGCCCUGCUGCUGUCAAGAGAGAGGCUCCUGCAGCAGCAACAGCAGCAGCAACAGCAGCAGCAGCAACAGCAGCAGCAGCAGCAGCAGCAGACGGUGCUGCAGCUGCUGUUGAAGGGCCUCCUCUGACCCGCCGUGCAGCUCGAGGGGGGCGCAGCGGGAGGCGGCAGCCAGCAGCAGCAGCAGCAGCAGCAGCAGCAACAGCAGCAGCAGCAGGAGAAGUAUAUGAAGACUCAUCAGAUGCAGCAACAGCAGCAGCAGCAGCAGCAGCAGCAACAGCAGCAGCAGCAGCAGCAGUACGGCUGCAGCAGCAAAGAAAAAGAAAAAAACAAAAAAAGAGAGACAGAAGGUUGGGGCCCCUCCCCUCGUUGCUUCUGUCUCUGCAUGCCGCGGGGGGGGCCCCCCUCACCCUAUCAAUGGAUGCCAGCAACAGGGUAGAAGAGGAGGAGCCCGCGAGGCCUUCUCUUGAUUCGCUUACAGACCAGUUGAGGGCCCCCAUACACCAGGCCUUAGAGAGAAUAUUUCCGGAGUUUGUGGUUUCGUGUUUGCUGCAGUGGAGCAAAAUACGAGUCAUCCAGGGGGAGCAGCAGAUAGCGCUGCACGAGGGCCGCGGGCUGCAGCACCACAUCUCUGGCGAGAUGACAAUAAUAACAACAUGGGUCUGCUUGAGUGUCUCGGGGCCCCCAGACGGCCUUUACUUUUUCUUUCGGGGGGUACAGGGGGGCCCCCGCGCCCGGGGGGCCCCCUGGGGGGCCCCCUGGGGGGCCCUCAAAGCAAUACCAGGCAGCACCGCAGUGGUUGUGGGUUUGAGGCCUCGAGGGUUUCUUCGAUCGACGGGCGGCAGCAGAAAGCUAAUAGCCGAAAUAAAAUGGGCCCUCUCAGCCAGGGGGGCCCCCAUGGGGGCCCCCUUGGGGCCCCCUUCGCCUUCUGCUGCGGCUUGUGAGAGCGUAGAGCAGCGACAGCUGGAUAUACAACCCCAGUAA